CCUGCGGACUCGCUUUACGCCUUUGGAGCGGGGAGGGGGCGUUUCCUCUCUCUUUCCUCCUCCUCCUCGUGUGGGGAGUUUCUUCUUCCCGUCGUCGUUUUACAACUCACCCUGUCUCCUUCCCCCUCCGCCGCCCCCAAUCCGCGCCCUUGAGUGAGGCUCCAUGCUCCAGGGUUUCCUUCUGUUCCCAGGAGGAGCGCGUGGACAAGAAAUCCUCCUCCCGGGUUUUCCCUCUCGCUCUUUAAUCCUGCCUCCGCGUUUUCUUUCCACCCUCAGAUCCGGGCUUCUGUGCUCCACGCUCCUCAGAGCCCCUCAAGCUCUCCCCCUCCCUCCUUCCUUUUCUGGCGGCGGCGGCCGCGCUGAGGGAGCGCCGAACUGAGCCGAGCUUUGGGAUCGCGGCAGCGGCUGCGGCGCGCAAGCCUCCCCUUCUCCCUCUCCUCAGGCACCAGUGGCGGCGGAGAUGAUGAUGGCGGCGGCGGGGCCGGGCCCUUAAGGCGGGGAGGUAGAGUAGCUCCAUGGAGGAGGCGGCGGUGGAGGGGCGCGCCCGGCACCGGCCGGAACCCGAGGGUUACCAGCAUUUCUCUGUGAAUCUAAUGGAGCCUGUUGAAGAAAUCGCCUCUUGGCUUGCGUUAAGCAGAGGUUUCCUUGGGCCUGAGAAAUAAUCCAUCCCUGAACAAUUAUGUUGUCACCUGGGCGCACCUUGAUAACUGGAGGCUUGAGAACAUAGCUGAAGCUGCUACUUCAUACCCAAAGGCUGAGGGAGCAGACAAGAGGCUUGAACCUUGAGGUGGGUCGUUAACUCUAAGAUGUCCUUGAGCAGUGGAGCUUCCGGAGGGAAAGGAGUGGAUGCAAACCCAGUUGAGACAUAUGACAGUGGGGAUGAAUGGGACAUUGGAGUAGGGAAUCUCAUCAUUGACCUGGACGCGGAUUUGGAAAAGGACCAACAAAAAUUGGAAAUGUCAGGCUCCAAGGAGGUGGGGCUACCAGCACCGAAUGCUGUGGCGACACUGCCAGAGAACAUCAAGUUUGUGACCCCAGUGCCAGGUCCACAAAGCAAGGAAAGCAAGUCCAAAUCCAAACGGAAUAAGAGUAGCAAAGACAGUGGCAAGGCUGCCCCAGGAUCCUCCCUGUUCACUCCAAGUGAAGGGACCAGUGGCAAGAAGGAGGUUCAGGGGCGACCAGGCGAUGGCGUGAACUCUAGUGGCCUGGUGGCUGCCAUUGCCCCAAAGGGCUCUGAGAAAUCAGCCAAGGCUUCUCGAAGUGUGGCCAACUCAAAGAAAGAGAAGGAGGUGGGUUCAUCCAAGAGUAAGAAGGAAAGGAGUGAGGGUGUGGGUGCUCCAGCAGAAAAGGAGCCCAGUGUACUCCAACCUCUUGCCUUGGCUGUUAGGGUUGGUCAAUAUGAUGGUGGCCAAGGAUCAGAGCCUGUUGCUGCUGCUGAGCAGCUUGGAAGUAUAGCUAUUGACACAGGAUCUGCGCUCAAUCCUUUGGGAGUUAAGACGGAGCUGGAAGAUGGUGACAAUGAGUGCCGACAGCUAAAAAAAGUCAAAUCAGAGAAGAUGGAGUCUCCAGUGUCCACCCCUGCAGUGCUACCAUUGCAUCUUCUUGUUCCUGUUGUCAACAGUGAUAUCUCAUCACCAUGUGAGCAGAUAAUGGUACGCACUCGCUCUGUAGGGGUGAACACCUGUGAUGUCGCUUUGGCUACUGAGCCAGAGUGCUUGGGCCCCUGUGAACCUGGCACCAGUGUCAAUCUGGAAGGCAUCGUGUGGCAGGAAACAGAAGAUGGCAUGCUGGUGGUGAAUGUCACUUGGAGGAAUAAGACUUAUGUGGGGACAUUACUGGACUGCACACAACAUGAUUGGGCACCACCCAGGUUCUGUGAUUCUCCCACCAGUGACUUGGAGAUGCGUAAUGGUCGAGGGAGGGGAAAGCGCAUGAGGCCCAACAGUAACCCCCCCAUGAACGAGAGCACAGCAGCCUCUGAUAGUAAAGGAACCAGCAACAGCAGCAAGACUCGGGCAGGGGCCAAUAGCAAGGGACGCAGAGGCAGCCAGAACUCCUCAGAGCACCGCCUCCCACCCACUGGCACAUCUGAGGAUGUCAAGGCCAGCCUUUCGUCAGUGACCAAGCGGAAAAGCAAGCCCCUUUCUGACAUGGAGGUGAAUUCCAGUUCUGAGGACUCCAAGGGAAGCAAGCGUGUCCGCACAAACUCCAUGGGCUCAGCUGCCACACCUCUGGUGGCAGCGGUAGCAGCUGCUGCAGCAGCAGCCACAACAACAAUUAAGGUGGAACCUGCCAUUCUGGACAGAAACUGCCCCUCCCCCAUUCUCAUUGAUUGUCCCCACCCCAACUGUAGCAAAAAAUAUAAGCACAUCAAUGGACUCAAGUAUCACCAGGCUCACGCACACACAGAUGAUGAUAGCAAACCUGAGGCUGAUGGGGAUAGUGAGUAUGGGGAGGAGUCAUCUCUUCCAGCUGAUCUGGGCAGCUGCAAUGGUGCCUCUGGUAGCCAGAAGGGCUCUCUGUCCCCAGCCCGAUCAACUACCCCGAAAGGGCGGCUGAUAGAACCACACAGCCCUUCACCAUCAAGCAAGUUCAACCCCAAAGCUGCUUGCAAAAAGAAACUGGGUGGCGAAGGAGACCCUGACUCUGGUGCCCUGUCCAAUGAUGGCUCCGAGGAUGGCCCUUUGGUAGCUGAUGAGACAAGCAACGAUGGCUUUGAGUCAAUAGAGAAGAGAAGCAGUGACAAGGAAAAAGCUAAAAAACCUGUCAGCGUCAAGCCCGAGAAGAUAUCAUCAAAGAGCAUCAAGUCUGCCCGACCCAUAGCCCCAGCCAUCCCACCACAAAUCUACACCUUCCAGACAGCCACCUUCACUGCUACCAGCCCUGGCUCCUCCACUGGCCUCACCACCACUGUUGUUCAGGCCGUGGCCAACAGCGCCCAGCUGAAACCCAUCCAACCCAAGCCCACUGUAAUGGGAGAGCCUUUCACUGUCAGCCCUGCACUUACUCCUGUCAAGGACAAGAAGAAGAAGGACAAGAAGAAGAAAGAGUCCAAGGAAACAGAGAGCCCCUUGACUCCUGGGAAAGUAUGUCGAGCUGAGGAAGGCAAGAGCCCCUUCCGAGGAGAGCCCAGUGACCUUGGAGCAAAAGGCGAGAGCCUUUUGAACGGCUCAUCUGACCCCCAUCAGAGCCGCCUUGCCAGCAUCAAGGCUGAGGCAGAUAAGAUCUACAGCUUCACUGAUAAUGCCCCAAGCCCCUCCAUUGGGGGCGCCAGCCGUCUUGAUAGUGCAGCGCCUGCACAACCCAUGACCCCACUUCACGUUGUUACUCAAAAUGGUGCUGAAGCUAGCUCUGUGAAAACAAAUAGCCCAGCCUAUUCUGAUAUUUCUGAUGCAGGGGAGGAUGGUGAAGGCAAGCUGGACAGUGUGAAGACGAAGGACCCAGAGCAGCUUACCAAGGAAGGGGCAAAAAAAGCCCUCUUUCCCUCCCAACCUCAAAACAAGGACUCUCCCUAUUAUCAAGGUUUUGAGGCGUAUUAUUCUCCAGGCUACGCACAGUCAAGUCCUGGCCCCAUUAAUUCCAACAGCCAAACCACCCUAGAUAGUCAGGCGCUGAAACUAAAGAAAGAUGAGGAGCCACCAAGCCCAGAAGUGAAGGUGAAGAAUGAAGCUUGUGAGGAGAAGAAGGCAGACUUGGGUCCUUCCAGCCAGCAGCCCUCUGUCAUCCAGCAGAGGUCCAAUAUGUACAUGCAGUCUCUAUACUAUAACCAGUAUGCCUAUGUGCCUCCUUAUGGCUACAGUGAGCAAGGCUAUCAUGCUCAUCUCCUCAGCACUAACCCCACGUACCGGCAGCAGUACGAAGACCAGCAAAAGCAGCGUCAGAGCUUGGAGCAGCAGCAGCAGCGUGUGAUGGACAAGAAAAUAGAGCUGGGGCUGAAGGAGAGAGAGGUGGCGCUCAAGGAGGAAUGGAAGCAGAAGCCAUCUCUCCCUCCCACUCUGACCAAAGCGCCCAGCCUGACUGACCUGGUCAAAUCUGGACUGAGCAAGGCUAAGGAUCAGGGGAGUGAUGUGGCCAAGUCAGUUAUAAUUCCCAAGUUGGAGAAUUCCUCAAAGCUCCAAGGCCAAACUGCAGAAGGUCUCAAGGGGAAGUUAAGUGAAAGCCUUCUGGGCAAGGAGACAGCAGAGCCGAAGGCAGGUUUGGACUGUGGCAGGCAGGCCGAGGUGGACCCAGUACUCUGGUACUCACAGGAGGCCGAGCCCCGCAUGUGGACCUAUGUUUACCCUGCUAAAUACUCCGACAUCAAGACGGAGGACGAGCGGUGGAAAGAAGAGAGGGAUCGGAAGUUAAAGGAGGAGAGGAGCCGCAGCAAAGAGCCCCUUGCUAAGGAAGAUGGGAAGGAGAGCACGAGCUCCGACUGCAAAGUGCCCUCCAGUGAGGAGUCGCGCUUAGUGGGGAAGGAAGCCAGACCCAGCGCUCAUGUUCCAGUGUCUUCACCCCUCAGCCAGCAUCAGUCCUACAUCCCUUACAUGCAUGGCUACUCCUAUAGCCAGGCAUAUGACCCCAACCAUCCCAGUUACCGCGGCAUGCCCACUGUUAUGAUGCAGAACUACCCAGGCUCAUACCUGCCCUCCAGCUACUCAUUCUCCCCAUACGGCAGCAAAUCCUCUGGGAGUGAGGAGAGUGAGAAGUCCCGAGCCAGCCCCAGUAUCGGCUGCAAAUCCAGCUCUGAGUCCAAGGCCCUAGACAUCUUGCAACAGCACGCCAGCCACUACAAGAGCAAGUCCCCAACGAUAGGCGAGAAAGCCUCUCAGGAGCGUUGUGGGGUGGGAGGAAGCAGUGCAGGCUGCAGCAGUGUAGGGGGAGCCAGUGGUGCUGAGAGAAGCGUUGACCGGCCGCGCUCCUCUCCUUCACAGCGUCUGAUGUCCACGCAUCACCACCACCACCACCUGGGCUACUCGUUGCUACCAGCCCAGUAUAACCUGCCCUAUGCAACAGGUCUUUCAUCUACAGCCAUUGUUGCCAGUCAACAAGGCUCUGCUCCUUCCCUAUACCCCCCGCCCCGGAGGUGAAAAUGGACACAUCAUGAGAUUGGAUAAUCUAGGCUAUAUCAAGUCAUGUGACUGGCUCACAUGAGGAAGAGCUGGAAAUUACAUUAGACAUCAGUUGAAUGGUGUUGAUUGUUCUGCUUGAUGGUCCUGCCAUAAUGUGAGGCAGACUCUGCCCCCUCCCCUACCAAACACAAGCUGAGCCCUGUACGUGUGAGUUGUGGAGCUGGGACGUUCAGAAAUAUUUAUUCGCCUGGCUUGUGGCUGACUGGCCAAUUUCCAGAACUCCUCUGGAGCAGGGACUUUGCAGUGGUGGGUCAAGCAGUGUGGCAUCAAAGGACAUUUGGAAUGCUGGGGUGGGAAGGGAUGUUAGCCCUGGGAUCAGCCCAUGGCUCUCCUGCUCCUAUGCUGCAGCUCAGAUGGCUACUCGGGUGUUGGCUGAAGGUGAAGAGAAACGUCCAGAUUGGCGCAUUUAUACUUGUGAUACGUAAUCAUCUGGCACAAGCACAUAGUUGGGCACCUGCAAAGAUGACCACAGGAAAGAGAUAAUUCUGUUGCUUCAAGUUGGUGUGGAAGCGGGGGGGGGGAGGCAGCAGGGCCUGCAGUGAGCACAGGCUAGUGAUGCGCUCCUUUGCCAGAAGCAAUUCUGAAAUUCUGUAGCACUUUGUCUCUAGGACCGCUGCUCCCUCAAAGGCCCUCCCUCCCAUUUGCUGUUUUUCUGACACCUCUCCCUGCUGGCAGGUCGUGUGUUGCAGUGGCAGAUACUACUUUGCUCUACAGCACAAAAAAUACACCCAGUUCUGCAUAAAACAGGGCCUUUCAGCAGGCUGGCCCUGCUCCCAUUGGGAUGGGUCUCCACUGCUGCCCAGCAGUUAUCUCUCAGCUAGAAGGCUCCCGACUGCCUGGCCUUCCUGUCUUCCCCAGCCUCAGCUUUAAAAAAGAAAAAAAACCACACAUUUUUUCCAUAACAAAAUAACGUGCUGAUGGGGCUGGUUAAAUUUCAUGCAUUUCUUUAUUCUACAUGCCUGCAAGAUCAUCCCUUCCCUGGAGGGAAUGAAGGGAUAGAUGCCUGGGCCUGUGAGAUUUGAAUAUGGAAGCUCUUGGCCUUGUGUAGAUGGAAGAGCAGUCCUAGCAACUGGCUGCGCACUUGUGAAAACUUUCUAUAGCUGCACGCUCUACUGGUGUAGAGCAUUUCUGCUGUUUGCCCAAGGCCAUCAAAAAGUGACUUCUUGUUAAAUGUCCCAUGGGUUUUGAGACUUUGCUAGUUCUAGUGCAAAGGAAGACACACACCCUGCAUCACAGGAAGAUACUGCCCAUAUUUAUGGGCAUUUCCUGCCCCUUUCCUAAAGGGUAGCCAGCUUGAAUUAGCAACCCCGGAGGGGGAGGUCUUUUAUGCCUACCUGGCUGGUUUGUACAAAGCAGGUGCUGUGUGUCCCAGCACUGCAAGCCCCCAGCUCGGUCUUUCUGUUCCUGUCUGUAUGUUGUGUGAGGCCACCCUUUGCCUCUUGGACUUUGUACAUACUGUAAAAAGGAAUUGUUUGAAAUCUGUUGUUGUUUUCCUUUUUUCCCCAACUUCACAGGGUCUCAUAUAGUUCCAUUCAAGUAGAAAUAGCUUGGGGGGGGGAGAGCCUUAUUUUAUUACUGUAUUAUGAUCUUCUAAAAAAGCACAUGGUGACCUUUGACUCCAGGAAGAAGUGUGCUGCAAAUACCAUCUGCCAUUCCAGAUCCUGCCACUCAAGCACAUCUCCAGAGCUAUCUGCCUAGAGGAGCUACUCAGUGGUGACCGACUCACAGGAACUGCAAUGGGAAAACCUGAACUUGGGGAUGGGAAGUGUACAGGGUGCCUUGAAGAGUGUUUUUCUCUGAGGUUGCCACCUUUCUUAUCACCAUAUUAUCCUUUUACUGCCUUAUUUAAGCCAGCUGAGAUGAGGUGCCAGGGCUGUCACAGGCAGGUACAAAAAUGGUUGUCAGAAAGUGAACUUCCAGGCUGGUAUUUAGUGGUGAAAAGGAAGUGUGAUGCCUAGCUGGUCUGAAUGGAUUGGUGCCCCCUUUACCUCAGAGUAUUGGGAAGAAAGUUUUUAUGGGAGUACCAGCUUGUAUUUCUCUGUUUCAUUCCUCAAAAUUAAUGCAAAUGGUUUUAGGAAGUCAGUUGAGCCUCCUGUCUUCAAGCGCCCCCCCCCCAAAUUUUGUUUGGACAUUUCUGACCUUGUAAAAUGUCUGUCUCAGCCGCAGAGUCCUUGACCUGUCUGGUGGGACUGCAAAGUCAUUUUGGUUUUGGAGUUGGUGUGCCAAGUUUUCAUUUAGGAUUUCCCACCUACUCUCUAUAAAAAGUGUAUAUUAUUCCCUCUUGUUUUUCUACACGCACACCCCCACACCAUCAGUGCUCUGUGCCUUUGUAUAUAGAAGGCCAUGAGAGCAAAAUAAAUCUUUAAGAGACUA